AUGGCGGAUAGACUGACUCAACUACAAGAUGCUGUCAAUUCUCUCGCAGAUCAGUUCUGUAAUGCUAUUGGAGUGCUACAACAAUGCGCGCCUCCCGCAUCGUUCAGCAAUAUUCAGACAGCAAUAAACAAAGAUCAGCCAUCCAACCCGACUGAAGAGUAUGCGCAGCUCUUUGCAGCACUGAUUGCAAGAACAGCAAAAGAUGUGGACGUACUCAUAGAUUCUCUUCCCAGCGAAGAGUCCACUGCUGCGCUGCAGGCGGCCAGUCUCAGGCAGCUGGAGGAUGAGAAUCAUGAAGCGGCUGCUCGGCUGGAGGAGGUGGUGUACCGUGGGGACCUGCUGUUGGAGAAGAUUCAGAGUGCCUUGGCUGAUAUUGCGCAAUCACAGCUCCGCACACGCAGUGGUGCACACACACAACCCACACCCCCGGACUCUUGAGAUGGAUUAUUUCAGGCCAACCAUGGACUGUAAAAUUUCUGAAUGGAGUGAAUUCAGAUCCCUACGUUUUCCAAAAAUUACAGGAUUUUUUUUUAAUUCAUUUUGGACUUGUGUUGGAUUCAAUCAGUUGGAGAGCACUGUGUACUGCCUGCUUCACAAUUACCUCAUGAGAAAGGGGGAUUGUGGUGUUCGUCAGACACUUUUGUAGUGGGCAAAGACACGUUUUGGUCUUGAUUAUAAAUAAGCAUUAUCACUGGUGUGGCUAUUCAACCCCUCUGGCUUUGGUUUUCAUGUGUUAAAGUCCUCCCUGAACUGCAAUGCCAUGUCAUAACCACCAUGCUUGUUUUAUGUGCACACACAUACACUCCUACACAAAUGGAAUAAACUUUCAUCUCUGAAAUGGGAUUAGAGGCACAUUCCAUUUGCCCUCAACAAUAAAUAUGGUUUAUGGUGUAAUCCAGAGUUUUACUGCUCACGUACUGCUGACCCAGUUGUCUGCAUUGCUUAGCUCUAGCCUAGCGUUAACACCAAAUUCAGCUCGUCAAUGCCACAGUACUUCAUUGAUUAUUUGAAUUAGGUGUGUUGUACUCCUUGGUCACAAUGUAAGAGUAAAACGGUGCAGCCCUAUGGGGCCAGCAGUCUGGAAUUAUGAAACACCAGUUUAAAACACCAUUGUGUCAAAACUGCCACAUCUUUCAAAAAAGGAUUUCAGCUGAUAACAUAGGGCUCUCUCUAAGUCACUUCAUCAGUUUCAGUCUCCCAUUAGCCAAUGGGUUAAUCUUCUGUUCUUUUUUUAAAUGAUGCCAAGGAAAAGAGAUUGCAUUGCUGUUUUGGUGGAUGCUUUUGGAACUAACUGAAGGUCAGCCACUGCUCAUGCUCUUGUCACCCUGUUACAGUUAGCAUGAA